AUGAAAUCAUCUAUAUUCACUAGUAAUAAUAAUAAUAAUAAUAAUAAUAAUACACCCCCACCUACGGGACCACGACAUAAAAGACUCAAUUCAAAUACUAAUGGUCAUUCUAAUUCUCAUAAUAAUACUACUACUACUACUACAAGAAGAUUACAAUCUUCAAGUCCCUAUAUAAAUAAUUCUAAACCAAAUACUCCUAAUUUAAACUCCACUACGACUAAAACUUUAGAAUCACCUGCAUUAACCACUUCACAUCAACAGCAACAGCAACUUCAUGCCCACUCAAAACGACAUAAUCCAAAACAAACUUCUAAUAACGGCAACACCACAACAUGGAAUUUAGAUAAUAUAAUUUCGCAAUAUAAUAGUAUAGGAAAGUUACCUCCAUUAUUAUCACCUACUUUGCCUGAUUCAUUUGGUGAUAUCUCAGUAGAACUUGAUAAUGAUGAUAUACCAAUUAUUGGAACUAAUGAGAUUAUACCUGAUGAUAAUGAUAACGACAACACUAAAAAGUUAUCGGCACCAAAACCAACAUAUCCAAUGCAAAGUAAAAGAAUGAUCAAUGAUGUUAAUAGUGAUAUGAAUAGUUCUGAUGAUGAUGAUGACGAUGAUGUACCAAUACGGCGACUCAAACAUCGCCGAUUUUCCAAUGAUGACAAAAGUUUAACCAAACCUAAACAAAAAGAGGAUAGGAAAGUUGAUGAAAUGCCUUUAUCAAUGCUUUCUCCAACUUUACCUUUAAUGUUUCGAAAUCUCGAUCAUGAUUAUAGCACUAUGAAAAAAGUGAAUGCCCUGCCAUCACUUUCAACAACUUCUACCAACAAUGGACAUAGUGCUCCCAUUAAUAAUAGUUCAAAAUCAACAUCAACAUCAACAAAUGGUUCAGCACCAUCAUUUUUCAAUAUUCAAACCAAAGUGGGGACAUUUAAAUGGAUUGAUAAAUCUAAUGAUCCAAAUAAACCAAAGUUCAUACUACGAAUGACAGUUAAUAAUAAAAUGAAAUAUAAGAAAUAUUUCAAUAAAAUAACUAGUCCUCUGCAAUUAACUGGAUUUAAAAUCAGUUCAUCAAAAGAUUAUAUUAAUGAUGAAGGUAGUAAUGAUGGUGAUGAAGAGGAAGGAAACGAAGGAGAAGAAGAAGAAGAAGAAGAAGAUGAUGAUGAUGAAGGAGUGUUAGACGAUGAAGACGACGACGACGGCGACGAUGAAAUAAAGAAAUUGAUUAGUAAACCAAAUAAAAGUCAAAUAGAUUUUCAGAAAAAGAGAGAUAAAACUAAACAAAUGAUAAGGCAAUUAAAAGAAGAAAGUGAAUCCCUUUCCAAAAAUAAUCAAUUGCAAGAACAACAAAUUCUUGAAAAAGAGAAAAUGUUGAAGGAAUUAAAGGCAAUAUUAGCUCAAAAAAAUGAAACAUUAAAACACUUAGAACAAAAGUUGAAUUUGAAAAAUCAAGAACAGCCUAGUUCCAAUCCUAAAUCUGAUACCAAAUCUGAUUCUAGAUCCAAUAAUAAUGAAUCACCAAGGCGGAGUACAAUUUCUGAUGAAAUGAGGAGACGUGAAUUACAUAAAUUAACUGAAGAUAUAAUGAGAAAACAAUCUACUCAAUCUUCAAAAAAAGAGCCCCAAUCACAUCCCCAAUCCCAAUCAUAUUCAUUUAAAAGAAUUGAUAUAAAUAAAUUUAUUAUUACACCAACAAAUUUUGAAAAAUCAUUUACAAAUUUAACCAAUUCACAACGUGAAGAUAUUAAAUUUGAUUUACAAAAUAAAAAAUCCCAUUGGUUUCAAUUAUCCAAAAUAACCCAACAAAAAUCCGAUGAAUAUUUUAAUAAUCUUAAUAUCACUCCUCAUAUUACCAUCAAUACCACAAGAAAUCCUCAUAUAAUUGAUGAUUUAAUCUUAUCAAUGAUUAUUCAAAUUGAUUCAUUUUUAUUACGUAUGGUAUCUAAUGAUUUUGAUGAACGAAGUAAAAUCAUUUCUGGAGUAUUACCAAGUGAAAGAUCAUGGAAAUUAUUAGAUCAAGAUAUUGAAAAUUUCAUCACCAAAAUCGAUAAUCAUUUAAAAUUACAACAUAAACAAUCAUUAUUACCACCUAAUCGAAUGUUUGGUGAUUUUUGUACGAUUAUAAAUUGUAUAAUGUUUCAAACUCGAGCAUUAAUUAUGAAAAGAAUAAAUUCAAUAUUAACAUCAGUUAUACAACUGUAUAUUGAUAAACGAAAUCAUGAAUUAAAUUUAAAAAUUAUUGAAUUACAACAAUUAUCAAUUAAUAAUAAUUUAAAAAUUAUUGAAUUUUUCAUGAAUUCAAAUCCAAGUUAUUUAAAUGAUAUAAUCCCCAUUAAAUUUCCUAAAAGUUGGGGGAAAAAAUGUUUAAAUUUACAAAUUGUUCAACAACGAUAUAAUUUAUUGAAAUUUGAUGAAAAUUUAAUACCUAAUAAUCAAAUUUAUUAUUUACCUUUAGGGAAUUAUAGUAAUUUAAAUGAAUUAACUGGAUUUUUAUUUAAUAUAAUUAAUGAAUUUAUGGAUAUUUAUAAUAAUUUUCAUAAAUAUAAUGGAUCAAAGAAGAUUACUUAUACUUUACAAAGUGGUCAACAAUAG